CUUGCAAGAUUGCCUCAUUUGAAUGACUAUGGCUAUGCGUUCCUUUGAAUGCCUCCUUUUUAGCUUUCUUGUGCUUGUGGUGGUAUGUGCCAAAGUUGGGCUUGGGACCACUGUGGGGUGCGUAGAAAGGGAGAGACAAGCUCUGCUUCGCUUCAAACAUGGCCUUGUGGAUGACUAUGGCAUUUUGUCUUCUUGGGGCACAAGAGAUUGUUGCCAAUGGAGAGGAGUCCGGUGUAGCAACCAAUCAGGUCACAUCAUCCUACUUCAUCUUCCUGCCCCUUGGUCCGAUAAUACGUAUCACUACCAGUCCCUUAGAGGUGAGAUAAGUCCUUCACUGCUUGAGUUAGAGCACUUGACUCAUUUGGAUCUCAGCUGUAAUGAUUUUGAAAGGAGUCCCAUACCUCCAUUCGUUGCUUCUCUCUCCAAAAUCCAAUACCUCAAUCUCUCUUAUGCUAAUUUCACUGGACGUCUUCCCAGCCAACUCGGAAAUCUUUCCAACUUGCUUUCCCUUGAUCUGAGCUCUAAUGAUUUUGAAGGGAGACCCAUACCUCCAUUCCUUGCUUCUCUCCCCAAAAUCCAACACCUCAGUCUCUCUGAUGCCAAUUUCAAUGGACCUCUUCCCAGCCAUUUCGGAAAUCUUUCCAACUUGCUUUCCCUUGAUCUCAGCUUUAAUCUUGUUUUGAAUUGUGGAAAUCUUGAGUGGCUUUCUCAUCUUUCGUCUUUAAGACACCUUGACCUUGAGAGUCUUGAUCUUAGUAAAGCCAUCCACUGGUCACAAGCAAUUAAUAAACUCCCUUCUCUCAUUCACUUAAACUUAAGAGACUGUAGCCUCCCACCCCUCACUACUCCGUCUUUUUCCCCUGUUAAUUCCUCUGCCCCUCUUGCUUUCCUUGAUCUCUCUUUCAAUGAUUAUGAUCUCACUUCUUCAAUAUACCCAUGGUUGUUCAACUUUACUACCACCCUUGUUCAUCUUUAUCUCUCUUGGAAUGUUGGUAUAAAUGGUUCGAUUCCGGAUGCUUUUGGGAACAUGAUUUCUCUUGCAGAUCUUGAUAUCUCUGGGAAUCAACUACAGGGUUCAAUUCCAGACAUAUUUGGGAAUAUGGCUUCUCUCGAACGACUCGAUCUCAAUGUGAAUAAACUUGAAGGUGAGAUUCCAAAAUCCUUGAGCAAUUUGUGUCGUUUACAAGAAUUAGACUUGAGAGACAACAAUCUCAGUGGGCAGCUUCCACAAGUCUUAGACUUGCUCGCUUGUGCAAAUGACACAUUAGAGAUUUUGAAUUUAUCUGAUAACCAGUUGAGAGGAUCGGUUCCUGAUCUCACUGGAUUUUCAUCCUUGAGAUCGUUAUCUCUUGGUUAUAAUCAGUUAAAUGGAACAUUGCCUACAAGUAUUGGACACCUUACCAAACUUCAAGUGUUGGGUAUUAAUUCAAAUUCAUUGCAAGGCAACAUCUCUGAGGCUCAUCUCCUUCAUCUAUCCCAAUUGAACCAGUUAGACUUAUCUUCCAACUCUCUCACUUUCAACAUGAGCUCUAAGUGGGUUCCUCCUUUUCAGUUGUAUGAUCUAAGAUUAACCUCCUGCCAAUUGGGACCUCGUUUUCCUAGUUGGCUUCAAACUCAAAAGCAGUUGAUGCAUCUUGAUAUCUCCACUUCUGACAUUUCAGAUGUCAUUCCAGACUGGUUUUGGAAUUUAACUUCCCUUAUUUAUUUCUUUAAUAUUUCCAACAAUCAGAUCACAGGGACCUUACCCAAUUUAUCAUCCAAAUUUGAUCGGUCUCUUUACAUAGAUAUGAGCUCAAAUUAUUUGGAGGGUUCAAUAUCUGAACUUCCUUCUGUCUUGCAACUGUUGGAUCUCUCCAAUAACAAGUUUUCAGGCUCCACUGCUUUAUUGUGUACCGUUCCUACUACAUCUUUGGUCUAUCUUGACCUCUCAAACAACUCAUUAUCGGGAGAGCUGCCCAAUUGUUGGCCACAAUGGAAGAGCUUGACAGUUCUGAAUUUGGAAAAUAAUAAAUUUUCUGGGAAAAUUCCAGAAUCAUUUGGCUCCUUGCAAUUGAUUCAAACACUGCAUUUACGCAACAACAAUUUAAUCGGAGAAUUGCCUUCAUCUUUAAAGAAGUGCAAAAGUUUGAGCUUUAUUGAUUUGGCAAAAAAUAGGUUAUCCGGAAAAAUACCCCCAUGGAUAGGAGGAAACCUUCCAAAUCUGUUGGUUCUGAACCUACAAUCUAAUAAAUUCAGUGGAAGUAUAUGUUCAGAACUGUGUCAAUUGAAAAAAAUUCAACUAUUGGACCUCUCUAGCAACAAUUUGUCGGGUACUAUACCAAGAUGUCUUAACAAUUUCACUGCCAUGACUAAGAAAGGGAGUUUGACCAUUACUUAUCUCCUUAAUACAUUUCGGGUUACGGAUUUUUUUAUCUCUUAUGAUGAUAGGGAAUUCGUUAAAUGGAAAGGAAGAGAACUUGAGUUUAAGAAUACUCUUGGACUAGUAAAGAGUAUUGAUCUUUCAAGCAACAAGCUAACGGGGGAGAUUCCAAAAGAAGUAACUGAUCUUCUAGAAUUGGUUUCAUUGAACUUUUCAAGAAACAAUUUGACUGGAUUAAUCCCUAUAACAAUUGGUCAAUUGAAAUCAUUAGACGUUCUUGAUUUGUCUCAAAAUCAGCUUAUUGGUGAAAUUCCAUCUAGCCUUUCAGAAAUAGAUCGUUUGAGUACCUUAAACCUCUCUAACAACAACUUGUCUGGUAUGAUUCCACGAGGUACUCAACUUCAAAGCUUCAAUACUUCUUCUUAUGAGGGAAAUCCUACACUUUGUGGAUUGCCUCUUUUGAAAAAGUGCCCAAGAGAUAAAGAAGAAGACGACAUUCAACAAGAUGGAAAUGACAUGUGGUUUUAUGUUAGCAUUGCUCUUGGAUUCAUUGUUGGAUUUUGGGGAGUGUGUGGAACUCUACUACUCAACAAUUCAUGGAGAUAUGCAUAUUUCCGAUUUUUGAAUAAAAUAAAAGAUUGGCUCUAUGUGACUACAACAAUCAAUAUGGCUAGAUUACGGAGGAGUCUUCAAAGUUAAAUGGGAUUCGACAGCCUUUCAUCUCAUAUUUUAGCAUGUUGUGGAGUAUUAUCAAACGUGGAAUAAAUGGAUGCUCGAAUCCCAAUAACUCUGUCCUCUUAACUUGUCAUCCUAUGAUUGACAUUGGAGUGUAAUAAGUUUCUUACUUUAUUUUGAUGAUUGCAUAUAUGCUUAAUAUGCUUCUUUUAUCUUUUGUUUAGAGAUUGUGGGAAUAUGAACUUAUUCUUCCUUAUA